AGCUGGACUGAGACUAAUCUCCUACGUCUGCACACCCAAAUUUGGUUCCUGGCGCAAAAAUCGUCAUGGGUUGUUCGGGCGAUCGAGAAAAGGGUCACCUGGAUGAAUCGCAAAAGUGGGAUUAUGUAACACUUUCUGACUUCCACGCUUCUGGCGCUCUCACAUACUUUUCUUACGCAUGGCUUUGGAUUCUGGCCCUGAUAGCGGUUGCCGUGUAUGGCGCCGAUACUUUCACUGCCAUCAACCUCCUUGCGUACGACAAGUGGUCCUCCCAGAUCGAGCCUACGAUUCCCUUGAAGUACUCGAAGUGGAUCUUCGCCGCUUGUAUCAUGUUCUCUUGGGUACUCUGUAUGUUUGAAUGGGUACGCGCCAUCCGCGUAAUCCGCAGAGGCAGCGUUGCCGAGAGCUACAUGGACUCAGUCGCCGUCACACUUCAAUCGAUGCGUCCAAAUGGCUGGAAACGCUUUCUCGUUUUCGCAGAGUUGACCAAGAGCAAGAAGGGAGUCGACUAUGUUGCUCUCUUUGUCUACUUCUCCUUCAAGGGUGCUGUGCGCAUCAUAUUCGCAGAAGGCCCUCGCCAGGUGGUGAACGCCAUCACACUCUAUUCUUUCAUGCAGGCGGACCUUAUACCGACAGGCGACCACGCAGCCACGCAAAACCGCUCUUCUUUCGAGCAGUUCUGGGUCAACGUCGAAACCCUGGCUGAAGGCAACCGGGAACAGGCAGUUGUGCUCUUCACCAUGCUCUUCACUCUUGUCAUUUGGGUCAUCUCCGCUCUAUGUUUGAUCAUCGCUGUGGUGCUCUACCUGGUCUUCUUGUGGCACUACAUACCUCAGAGUGAUGGCAGAUUGAGCAACUACUGUAGAAGGAAGAUUGACCGCAGACUGGAGAAGGUCGUCGGUCAAAAGGUCAAGCAAGCACUGGAAGAGCAGGAAAACAAGCACGCACAGAACGAGGCCAAAGCAGCCAGGAAAGCAAAUCAAUUGCCGAGCAGGCCUCAAGUCGGUCGCAAACCAACGCUGCCACAAGUCGCUGCCCAAACACCCGACCUUGGAGGAGAGAGCGAUUUCGGUCUUGUCCGACAGGAUACUCGAAUGACUACAAAAUCGAGCCCGACUCUUCUGUCCAACAUGCAACGACAAGAAUCUUUGUCUGGAGCCCCCCCUGCUCUGCCGCCUCUGCACACUUACACUGCUCCUGCUUCAACCUUGCAACGCCAGCCUACCCUACCCGAUCUGAAUAUCGCACACCCUCCAGCUCGCACUCACACAGCACCGCCAAUGGAAAUGUACCGCCAACCCACUUUGCCUGACCUCAAUGCCGACAAGCGCCCAAUUAUGCCCUACCGCUCCGACACUGAAGCCUCGGCCAUGUCCAGUGCCACUUAUGCUUCGGACGCCUCCUUGCUCGGAAACGCCAAUGACAUGGGCUACAGCGAUAGCUCUGCCCACUAUCACACUCAGCCAAGACCGACAUUCGACCGCUCGACAUCUUACGCUUCGAAACAUAUGCCGCCAUCAUUCGACGGUCAACUCGAUCACACUGGUCGGCCCUACCCAGAUAGAAGCGCUACUGUAGGCCCGCAGCAGCUCGAAACAUGGGGACACAAUGAACUGGAUGAAAGCUUGGAAUAUGAAAGAGCUCUGACACCAGAGCCAAUGCUUCAUCCUACGACCCGAUAUAUGUCCCCUUAUCCUGAGGACAUGCCGUCGCACCAGGAUUCCUUCGGCUAUGACGAUACCCAAAGCAACAUCCUGCCGCGACAGAGACCACAACAAAAUUUCCAGCUGCCGUACACUCCACUGGCCCGUAUGAGCAGUGGCUUGAGUUUCGCAUCGCGCAACACCCCCGAGCCCGAGACCCAGAGCUUCGAGAUGACGACGCAAUCAAGGAUAGUCCCCAUGCCAGAGCCUUACGAGCAGCGAUCUCAACCUUCUUCACAACAGCAGGCUCCCCAACAGCGUUCGGCAUCCGCAGCGUCGGGAGGCUAUGUUGCAUUCAACCCUUCAUUCACACUUGCCGCCGCCGCACCCUCGUUUAUGCCUCCAGACCGAAGCUUCACAAGUCCUCCGGAGAUCGCGAGGCCCUCUGUAGCAGCCGCACCUCAACGUAGCGCUACAGCUCCUCCCGAGGCAUAUGAUGGCUUGAUCGAGGAAUACCGUGUCCAGCCUCAAUACCCUCGCCAUCAAAUACCAGACAAGAGUAUGUCCGCUGCUCCUUACCGCCCUGGCAUGCCAGGCAGAAGCGCCACAGCUACCCCUAGUCAGCAAUACGGUAUGCUAGGUAGGAGUGCAUCCGCCGCACCU